GUUGCGUUCAAACCUGGUCGUUUCUGCCUGGAUGAGGCUGGACUCUCGUGGGGAGGACACACAAACACAUGAUCCUCGGCACAGAGCGCGCAGUGUGGUUUGGUCAGCAGCCUCGGGUCCUCCCUCCUGCUUUCCACAUGAUCUGAAAGCUCCCUCAGGAGGAGCAGGAAUGUGGAAAGGAGCGACAGCAUCGAUAGCUGAACGAAGCCACAGUCUCUCCACAAUGCGUGUCUUCUGCACUGUGUUUAUCUGCGUGACAUCCAUACUUCACACCUAUGGGGUCCCAUGGACUGAGGAAAAGCUCUACCACACAGCUGCUGCUCUAACAGACGAUGAGAUCCGAGCUGCCUUAUCUCACACUGAUCUGGAGCAGAUGUGGCAGAGGGAUCUGACGCCACUGCUGGUUACCAGGUACCCGGGCUCUACAGGCAGCCAAGCUGUCCAGCAACACAUAAAAACAACCCUCGGUUCUCUAGGAGCUGGCUGGGAAGUGACGGAGGAUAAGUUUGUGUCCCACACCCCCUACGGCCUCCUGCCCUUCACCAACCUGAUCGCCACACUCAACCCUUCAGCCAAACGGCGGCUGGUCGUAGCCUGCCACUAUGACUCCAAGUACUACCCGCCUCAGUGGCACGGGAGGGAGUUCCAGGGUGCCACCGACUCCGCCGUUCCCUGUGCCAUGAUGCUGGAGCUUGCUCGAGCACUAGAUGAAGAGCUGAAAGCUCACAAGACCCAGAACCCUAACUUGACCCUGCAGUUAAUCUUCUUCGACGGAGAAGAGGCCCUUUUCCAGUGGACCUCCACAGACUCACUGUACGGCUCUCGCCACCUGGCCUCCAAGAUGGAAGCCACCCCACAUUCUGAGGGGGACCCGGAGAUCAACCAACUGCACGGCAUAGACCUAUUUGUGCUGUUGGACCUGAUCGGGGCUCCUGCUCCUCGCUUUGGAAACCAGUUCCCCAACACAGCGCCGUGGUUCACCAGACUGCAAGACAUUGAGAAACGUCUGCAUUCCUUGAACCAGCUCGAGGAGCAUCCAGACAGCGUACAGUAUUUCUGGCCUGAUUAUCUUGUGGGUGGUAUUCUCGAUGAUCAUAUACCGUUUCUAAACAGAGGAGUUCGGAUCCUCCACCUCAUUCCCACCCCCUUCCCGCCCGUUUGGCACACAUUUGACGACAACGAGCAGCACCUGGACCGCUCCACAAUUCAAAACCUGAACAAGAUCCUGCAGGUUUUUGUUCUGGAGUACCUCAAUGCUACACCUGUCAUAACAUCAACCCCACAAAAUGAACCAUAAUAAUGUAUCCCCUUUUAUAUAAUAUACUCGUAUAUGCCCAUCAGAUGAGGUGCAGGAAAUGUUUUACAUAAACAUUUACUUCAACCAUGGGGUUAUUCUGAAAGCAGAACGUUUUUUUUCUCAUAAUUAACAUUACAAUAAUCUGUUUUCUAACAUCCUCUUAUGAAAACAAAGAGAAUUCUAUGGAAACUGUUAGAAACAUUGUCCAAUUCUGAGAGGAGAAUCCCUGAUUUGCAGUUCUGACUGAGAAGUGAAACAAGACCACACACAUAGAUGAUACUGGAGGUAAUGAUACACACAUGACAUGAUGGUAGACUGCAGUUUAUGUGACAUUUCCUACUGCAAAUCUGUUCCGUGUUUAGAGAGAAAACCUGUCUGCUUUACAUCCUGUCAUCCUAGAGAAGUGAAUAACUUCCUGUGCUACCGCUGUACGAUACCUGCGCCAGUUUAUUUGAACGUGCUGGAAAUAUUUUGGGUAUAAAUUCCAGAAUAAUAUACUUUAAAACAACAGGAUUUCCUGUAUCCUGAGAAAGAAUAAACGUUGAUUGAGAAAACUCA